GAAGGAAAAUAUAUUGGAGAGGAGACCAUGAAUGAAAGGGUAUAUAAUGACCAUGACCAAUUUCAGGUCUCGUCGUCUACUCUUCACAAGCCCACACAACUGCUAUUGCUACUACUAGACCCUAGAAAAUGUCCCAACCGCCGGCUACUAACCAUCCCGCCGGCGUCCAUACUAAACCUCAACUCUCCUCCGCCACCAUCGUCGCACCGGAAGAUUGCUCGAAAGCUCCGUCACGACUUCAUCCACCUAAAAUAGUAGUGCUAGCUGAUCUCAACGUUGACCCACCUACUGAUACUGACGCCCUAGAUACUUUUCCAAGGUUGAAUAAUGAAGAAAACAAUCAAGAUAAAAUCAGUUUGUUGGGGAAAGAUUCUGACACAGUUGAACUAGAAGGUAAACAAUCUAAAAAAUUGGGGAAGUCGCGAUCACGAAUUGGUAAGAUGGAAUUCCCUAUUGAUUGUGGAGCUGAUGCUGAAGGUGAUCAUAACAGUCCAGGUGUGCCCUCAUCUCGUGAGGAAAAAGUCAGCAGCCUUAAAACAGGCUUGGUACAUGUUGCCCGAAAGAUGCCUAAGAAUGCCCAUGUUCAUUUUAUACUUGGCCUAAUGUAUCAAAGGAUGGGACAACCACAGAAGGCUGUUUCAGCAUAUGAAAAGGCCGAAGAAAUAUUGCUUCGUGGUGAUGAAGAUAUUGACAGGCCAGAUUUGCUUUCUUUGGUUCAGACUCAUCAUGCACAGUGUAUUUUGCUGGGAAGUUCAGAAGAUUAUGGUUCAGGCAAAGAAUUGGAGGGUAAGGAGCUUGAAGAAAUUCUUUGCAAGUUAAAUGAGUCAAUGAAAUCUGAUGUUAGACAGGCAUCUGUUUGGAACACUUUAGGUGUAUUGCUACUCAAAGCGGGUCGUUUGCAGAAUGCUAUAUCAGUACUUUCAUCUUUGUUGGUGGUAGCUCCUGAAAACUUGGAUUGCAUCGGGAACCUUGGAAUGGCUCAUCUUCAAAAUGGAAACUUGGAGCUUUCAGCAAAAUGUUUCCAAGACCUGAUCUUAAAAGACCAAAACCAUCCAUCCGUUUUUAUCAACUAUGCUGCCCUUCUUUUGUGUAAAUAUGGUUCCGUGGUUGCAGGUGCCGGGGCGAAUGCUGAUGAUGGGGCUUGUGAGGAUAGAGUUACUGCAGUUAAUGUUGCUAAGGAAUGUUUGUUAGCUGCUGCAAAAGCAGAUCCAAAAGCUGCUCAUGUAUGGACCAAUCUUGCUAAUGCAUAUUACAUGGCUGGUGAUCAUAGAAACUCUGGGAAGUGCUUGGAGAAGGCUGCAAAAUUGGAGUCCAAUUGUUUGGCAACUCGAUAUGCUGUUGCAGUUCAUCGAAUCAGGGAAGCUGAAAGGUCUCAAAAUCCUAGUGAACAACUUUCCUGGGCUGGAAAUGAAAUGGCUUCAAUACUAAAGGAAGGUGACUCUCUUGCAGUCGAGCUCCCUAUAGCCUGGGCAGGGCUUGCCAUGGUUCACAAGUCCCAGCAUGAAAUUGCAGCUGGAUUUAAAAUCGAAGAAAAUGAAUUAAUGGAGGUUGAAGAACGGGCAAUAUACAGUUUAAAACAGGCAAUAUCAGAGGACCCUGAUGAUCCAGUACAAUGGCAUCAACUUGGGCUUCACAGUCUCUGUACCCAAAACUUCAAAACAUCCCAAACAUACCUCAAGGCCGCAGUUGCUCGUGACAGCCAAUGCUCUUAUGCUUGGUCAAACCUAGGUAUCUCUCUGCAACUAUCGGAGACAUCAUCUUUACAAGCCGAAGAAGUAUACAAGCGCGCCUUGUCACUGGCAAAACCGCAACAGGCACAUACAAUCUUUUGUAACCUGGGAAACUUUUACCGUCAGCAAAAACAAUAUGAAUAUGCAAAAGCCAUGUUCACCAAGUCUCUGGAGCUGCAGCCUGGUUAUGCCCCUGCAUAUAACAAUCUAGGGCUUGUAUUUGUUACCGAAAGGCGAUGGGAAGAAGCGAAAUUCUGCUUCAACAAAGCGCUUCAGGUCGAUCCGCUGCUCGACGCGGCUAAAUCUAACAUGAUUAAAGCAGCAGCUAUGUGUAGAGUAUGUGCACCACUUCUAAAUUAGGUUUGUGUGUGAAUAUUGAGAGAAAUGUGUUACUCAGUUUUGGGAUAUUAGUGUGUGUGUAAUCUGUACAUAAUGCAUAUAUUUAGUUCUUUAAUUUUCACCAUUAACCAAAUGGUUUGAAUUUAUGCGACUU